GACGAUAAAACCCGAGAGCUGAAGCUCUCAUAAUCGCAGUCUUUCACCAGACGGUGUUCCAAUAUUUACCACAACAUCCGCUCUGCUUCGAGCCAGCCAGACGCAGAUAUCAACACACAGUCCACCAGUCUCAGUGGCUGGCUGGCAUCUUCUACCAAAACCAUGGCAACUUACAGAAGAAGACCUGUAUUCGGUUUCGUCGUUCUCCUGGCUAUAGGAGGUCUGACACAAGGACUUGCUAUCAGCGGAGGUGAACACGAACAGAAGAUACAGGAAGUAAGCACACAGAAGGAUUUAGAAGAUAGUGGCUCCUUAAGGAUGGCUAAAUUCCUGAAUUUCAAGUCACUGGUAUCUGGACAGUCCAACGAAGUAGACACAGAUACACCUACUGUGAAAGAAAACGAUUCAGACAGUCCUGUGACGGCCUUAUCUGGAAUGUACUCCGAUUGUAUAACUGAGUUUUCGUUUACUUGUGUCCAGAGGAAAGUUCUGGUCUUCUUUGAUCGCCUUGGAAGAAUGGAGAAUUUUAACUUAUUGGGGGAUUUCAUGUCUGUAGUUAGAACAAGGCCAGAUACGACACCAAGAAUAACAGAAGACGGUCUGAAGGCUCGACUUUAUACGGGUGGUAAUAUCGAGUCGGAUAUGGACUCCCUCAUGGACCUGGUAGCCGACAGGUUCUUCAGCAGCCACAUCUUACGGGUGAGGUUACCUGCUUGGACAGAAGCAUCGGUGCCUGGUGGAGCCGGAGAGGCGCGAACGGGGACCACAGUGGAUAUCAGCUUCGAGAAUUCCAUGGACGAAGAAGGUCGUUCUGGAAGGAAGAAGAAGAAGAAGAGAGGUAAAGGGAUGAAGAAGAUGAUGGGUAUGAUAGGGGCACUGAUGAUUGGCAAGUUGCUGGUGAUAGGCAAAGCCCUGCUGAUACUCAUCAAGAUCAAAGCACUCAAGGCCCUGUUGCUUGGCUCCUUGGCACUGCUCCUGUCAAAGAUCCAACUCAUCAAGAAGCUUAUGGCGAAGAAGGGAGGCGGUGAUCAUGGAGGACAAGAGAAACACAUCAUCGUGGUGUCUGGCGGCGAUCACGGGGGCGGUCACGGCGGUGGUGGUGGUGGCCACGACAGUUAUGGACCACCAAGUGGUGGGGGCGGAGGAGGCGGAUGGGAAGAUCGGUGA